CCCCGCCCCCCCCCGCCUCGUCGCCAUGGAGACGCCGAGGACGCGGACGAGGCGACUUGGUGAGGCGACUCGGCCGGGGAGGACGACCGCCGGUCAACCAGGUUGUUAGAAACAGAAGCGGAAACGUGGUAGUGUCUGGGUGCCGCCUAUCAGGCCGGCCUGACACAACGAGUGGAGAUGGAGAUUGUGUACGUGUACACCAAGAAGCGCAAUGAGUUUGGACGCCAAUGCAACUUCUCUGACCGCCCGGCCGAGCUGCACGUUGACAUAUUGCCCGAUCCGAGCCUGGCCGCCGACUACAUUUCUCGCAACCCGUGUGACAUCGGAGUGCAGUGCGUACAGGAGAUGUCCGAGCACGAGGUGAACACGGAACGCUUUGACACAGAAAGUAAAGGUGUAAACCAUGUGGAAGGUGGCUGGCCAAAAGAUGUCAAUCCGCAGGAAGCAGAGCAGACCAUUCGCUACCGCAAGAAAGUGGAGAAGGAUGAAAAUUACGUGAACAUCAUCACACACUUGGGCACUAUGAUGGAGCACUGUGUGAAGCAGAAUAAUGCCAUCAAUAUCUACCAGGAGUACUUUGAGGCUGAGUCUGUGGAGGUGGAGGAGGAGCAGCCUUCUGCUAAAACAAUCAACGUUUUUCAAGAUCCAAAUGAGCUGAAACGAACAGCCACACACCUGUCAUGGCACCCCGAUGCAGGACGUAAGCUGGCAGUGGCUUACUCCUGUCUGGAAUUCCAAGGGGCCACGUCGGGCACAAGCUCCGACUCCUACAUUUGGGACAUAGAAACCCCCAAUAAGCCGGAACUCACUCUGAAGCCAGCAUCUCCCCUCGUGUGCCUGGAGUACAACCCGAAGGACUCACACAUCCUCGUGGCUGGCUCAUACAAUGGCCAGAUUGCCUAUUGGGACACACGCAAGGGCUGUCAGCCCGUGGAGACCACGGCCAUCGAGCACAGCCACCGGGACCCCGUCUACAAGGUCAUCUGGCAGCAGUCCAAGACCGGCACCGAGUUCUUCUCGUGCUCCACCGACGGGCAGGUGCUGUGGUGGGACGUGCGCAGGAUGACGGAGCCCAUGGAACGCCUCGCGCUCGACCCUGCCAAGAAAGGGGAUUUAGACAACGCAAUGGGAGCCACCUGUCUGGAGUUUGAGCCCACCAUGCCCACCAAGUUCAUGGUGGGGACAGAGCAGGGGAUGGUGGUGUCCUGCAACCGCAAAGCCAAGACCCCGGCGGAGAAAAUCGUGGGCACCUACAGCGGCCAUCACGGUCCUGUCUACGCCCUGCAGCGACAUCCGUUUUUUCCCAAAAACUUCCUGACCAUUGGAGACUGGACCGCUCGCAUCUGGUCAGAAGAAAUCCGUGACUCGUCCAUCAUGUGGACAAAGUACCACAUGUCGUACCUGACCGACGGCUCUUGGAGUCCGGUGCGCCCGGCCGUCUUCUUUACCACCAAGAUGGAUGGCUCGCUCGACGUGUGGGACCUGCUGUUCAAGCAGAACAAUGCGACUCUCACUCUGCAGGUGAGCGAUGAGCCCCUGCACAGCCUGCGGAUUCAGGACAAUGGGCGGUUUUUGGCGUGUGGGUCCCAGAACGGCACAGCGACGCUCCUGGAGCUCUCCUCCGGUCUCUCGUCACUGCAGCGCAAUGAGAAGGCUCUCAUCACUGCAAUGUUCGAGCGGGAGACAAAGCGAGAGAAGAUCCUGGAGGCGCGACACCGGGAGAUGCGUUUGAAGGAGAGGGGCCGCUCGGAGCAGGGACGUGACGAGGAAGGGCGCGAGAGCCAGGCCGAGGAGUCUCGCCACGACCUGGUGGCGCGGGCCGAGCGCGACUUCUACCAGGCGAUCGAGGAGGAGCGCAGCCGCCACGCGGCUAAGGAGAGCCGCCGGCACGGCGACGACGAGCAGGAAAAGGGAGCUCUGGAGGAGGAGGAGUACGAAGGAAAAAAAGUGCGAGUGAAGCCGCCGCCGUCUGUCUGCAGGAUUAGCCAGGAACUGGCUGCACCGAGCGUGGAGCCACGAUCGGCAGCGCGAGACGCGGGCUCUGCACCACCGGUCUCAUCGACGGGGAUAGCCUCGUGCACUCCAUCCUGGAGUUUAUAGCGGCUGUUCGAGUUUCAACUUGGUAAUACGCAAGACAUACUAUGGGAAUGAAGCCUGUACUAUGUCUUCUAAGACAAGUGUGUCUAUGUUCGAGUUGUACUAUGUAAGCCAAGUUUGCCUAUGUUCAGGCUGCUUUCAUUCAACUCGGCUUCUUUUGCACUCUACUGUCUUUAUCCAUUCAUGUCGAUUCACCUUGUGCCUCUUUUGGCUGUUUUUUCAUUAAAGUGAUCGCCUGCUUAAAAUAGGCAUUGCUCAUCUCCUGUUACAACCCUAAGCCAGUGGUGGAAAUUCCACGUUCCCAUGGCAGAGGUGACUCCCUCCAUUGUACAACCACUGUUGACAUCACCACAAAGGGGUCAUUCAUUUUGAGUGACCCUGAAGGGAUGAUGGGCCGAGUUAUCCCCCAGCCAGACUGAAAUUGGAAGCAGCUCAACCAACCACUGACCCCACUGCUGGGUCACCUGGCAUGGAUAUUUCCCUUCGGGUUCAUUAUAUUCCAGUUCACUCUUUUGUCUCCUGUAUUAUCUGCUGUCCAUUUGAUGAUUCCUGUCUGAUGUAUUAUAGCAGUUCUGCAAAUAAACACAGAAUAAAAAUUG